AUGGGUCUUCUCUCAAUCAUCUCUACUGCUCUCAUCCUCAUCUCCGCGCCCCUCGUCAUGGGCGUGGACUUCCCCAUCUCCGUCGGCCUUGAUAAUGGGUUCACGUUCACCCCAACCGAGAUCUUUCCGGUCAUCGGGGACACCGUCACCUUCACAUUCCUGACCAGGAAUCAUUCGGCGACGACGACAACGUUCACGAACCCUUGCCCUCCUCCCACGGGGGGUAUAGGACCGAACGCGUUUGAUAGCGGAUUCAUCGACGCCGUCAGCAUGCCCGGUAGCACCUUCACCACUACGAUCCUCGACACCGAACCUCACUUCGUCUCCUGCAGCCAAGCUGCCGGAGCUCACUGCCGCUUGGGAAUGACGAUGUCCAUCAACCCGACUGCCGACAUGACUCAGGCUGAGUUCUUUAACAAUGCCGUCAAUGAUUGA